GCAGCAGCAGCAGCAGCAGCAGCAGCAGCAGCAGCAGCAGCAGCAGCAGCAGCAUUGGACUUUAGGUUUUGGGGCUCUAAUGGGGAGGGAGAAAUAGCUUAGUUCUUGUAGGGGGUUUGUUUGGUGGUUUCUUUUGUUUUUGUGGGGGUUUUCCCCCCUUUUCUGCACCACUCUCCUUCUCAAAGGUAAAAGUAAUUCUUUGGCCUGAGGGAGUCUGUAGGGUUUUGGGUGCUUUCAAGAGUUGCACCGGCCACCCUAGAUGGAAGCUGAAGAGGGCUCCAGCGUUCCUAAAGCAUUCUGAAACUCUAGGCUGAACCGUGUGCUAGUUUGUAACAGUUCUUAAAGAAAAAUGAAUACUGCCUCAACUUCAGAAAGUGGAUCGUAUUCCACAAACAACCCAGGACCCUUUAUUUAUGCUCAGUCAUCAGCUCAACAGCCUUAUCCAAAUCCAUGGUGCCUCAGUUAUGCAUACAGUCCAUACUGCGUACCUGCUCCAGGCUUCCGGAGUGGAAAUCCAUAUUUUCCAUUUUAUUCUGUUGCACUCCAUGAGUACCCUAGAUUUUUUGUCCCACAGCAUCCAGUGCAUGCAAGAAUUAACAGAAGGCCUUAUUUUAAUGCUGCCCCAUCUUCCCCUAUGUUUUAUCAUGCAACAAGAUUUAGGCAUUACAAUAGCUCUGGGAAGAAAAUGGAGACAAAAGAAACACAGACUGAUCCUAGACAGCCUGAAAGCAAGCAAAAAAGGCAUCAAGAUAUCCGUACAGAAACGAAAGGUUGUGGUGCAGGAAAUACAGCCUGUGUUUCUCCUGGUAUAGGUACAGAGACUGAAACCACUUCAGAGAAACGAGAUUCGUUUGGCUCCUCUAUUGUGGUAGACAGAGAGUUUCAUAACAAGAGCCCUGCCAGCUCUACACAGUAUAGAAAUCUUCCUACUGGAAGCUAUGCCUUUGAGAAGGAAGAAGUGAGGAUAGAAUAUGGAAAUGGCUCUCCAGCUAUUCAGCUGUGGAAGUCCUUUAAAGAAACAAUCCCACUGUAUGAUGCGGCAAGUGGUAAACCAGUUUCAGAGAACAUACUGCCACAUGACUUAUUUUCUCUUAGCUCAUGUGAAGGCUUGCUAUAUGGCCCUCAUGAAGGGGAGAAUAUGCUGCCAGGAGCUUCCUUAGAUGAGAGAAAAGCUGUUGUGACCUCCAAACAGGGUGCUGAAGCUGUGCAAGAGAAAGAUGUCCAAAAUAAUGAAGUUGAGCUGGAUGCAGAAAAGAUGGCAAAAUCCCCCCCAGGUGAAACCAUGGCAGUGCAAAUCACAGAGUUGGCAAGGUCUGUUGGUGUAGAUCAACCAGUGGUAAUAGCUAAGAAAUCUAGCACUAAAAGGGCUGCAGGAUCAAAAACUUCUCAAGAAGAGCCUAGCUUUAUUCAACAAGCAGGACUACUUCCAUCUAAUAUGGAGGUAAUGAGUGACUUUCAGCAGAAAAAGCUGAAUUUAAGCCACAAUGCAACUGGUGAAAGGCAGACAGAAAAAAGUAUUUGGUGUGACAAAUCAAUUGAGAAGUUUGCUCCCUCUAGCAGCUGGCUGGCUUGUUUGGACAGUAUGGACACAAACUACAAUGCUUGUUUGCCACAAAGGAAGUGUCAAAGUGUAAUCAGUCUGUCUUCUGAUGACAUGUCCUCUGGAGAGGAAGGCUCCUCAACUGAUAAUGCCCCAGUGUCUUAUUUUGUGCCUGACAAUGUGCUUCAGAAAAGCACGUAUACUCUUCAGAAAAGUACAGACGGCUUAGAGCAAAUUAAAGGUGGUGGAUCCCCUAAUGUAGAUGAAGCCGUAGGAAAGGAGCAGGUGAACAGCCUCAAUGACCAAGAUGUCAACUCUUCAAACACAAAGAUCAAAGAGGCUUCUAGUAAAGGUAGAAAGCUGGGAGCCCUUUCUAGGUCCUCUAGUAGGAAAGAAGUCGAUUCUCCCAGCAAAAAAGCAACUAAGAGUUUGUCAGAAGUUGAGGACUCUGAAGAAUAUUCUGUGAAGGGAGAAGAGGAAGAUGAAGAUGGAGAGGAUGAGUAUGAGGAUGACGAGGAUGACGACAUGGACGAAAUUGAGUAUUUCUUUCAAGAAGCCCCUCCAUAUUGCAUCUUGAGGCCAAGUAAAGGAAAUUUCUACCAAGUUGGCCAGAGAGUGCUUUGGAAACCAUCUACAAAUGCUGUACCAGCGCAAUUGAUUAGCUGGCCGGCUCAAGAGAAAAUAAAAACCAGGAGUGGGCUUGUUGAAAACAUUGGUGUAGUUUAUAAGCCAAAGAAGAGAGAACAAGAUGAAGUUGUAUACAGUGACUAUGGGUAUUAUGGAAGAAAGAGGCCUAUGACAAGAAGAGAAGGACUUGAACACCAGCGAAUGCUACGGAAAUUCUUGAGAGGAAGGCUGUUAAGAGAGAAUGUGGGGAUACUACCUGAAGAGUACUGGAUUAGAAGUGGCGCUAAACCCAGAUUUACCAGCCAAAUAUGUGGUAGUUUCUCACCUCCAGCAAGGAGCAAAGAACAAGUGUGCCAACCUUUGGUUAAGCCAAAGAAGAGAAGAAUGGGCAAGCCACCUUCAAAACGCAGAGAUGCGAGACAGGAGAUGGAAGAAGUAGAAACAUGGGAGCUGCCUAAACACAGCACACAAAAAGGGCAUGGAACAAAGAAGUCCCUCUCUAAGAAAAGAUAAUUGCAAAUAUUGGGGCAGAAGUGAGGGGAGGAAUAACAAAGGUUUUUUUGUAUAAAUCCAAGAUUUGAUUAUUAUUCUAGUAUAUAUUUUGUAAGUUGCUGUUCACUCUACAAGGGCAAGAAGUGACACUGUGAAGACUGAGGACACAAUUGAGAUGGAAUGAAGUAUUUAACACCAAAGUCACCAUUUUAUAAUUGGCACAUCCACUAUUUAAAUAAUAAAUUUCAUAGAAUUGCACUUUGAGACUUCUUGUGUUCCGUCUUUACACAGUAGCAAAAAAAACUUGAGAUGGCCAUAUAUGUGCAAAACUGCCAUUAUAGCAUGACAGUUAUUGCUGCCCUAUCCUUAAACUCUGCAAGUCUGUGAGGCCUGUCCAUGUUCUUUCAUAGUCAUAUGAUCUGGACAUAAGUACAAGAUCUUUUUUUAUCAGCUGGAUUUGUUUUCGUCAACAUGCAAAGGAAUAUAGUCACAGCUGUAUCACGUCAAGUGCUGUUUUACACUUUCAAGGCAGUUCCUCAGGUCUUAUGACUGGGGACUAAAACUAAAGCAUUGAGUUGAUGUGAUGCUUCCCUCUUCUCCCCUUUUUCUCUGGACAUUUUUGAGUCCUUUAUGGAGCCCCUGAGCUGGAGAUAUGGAUCUGAAAGGUAAAACAGAAGUUUUUAGUGGUGUGCCCUGUUUUCUGACUUCUUACUGAUGACUUCUGUGAUUUACAGCUGGUACUGUCCCCAGAAGUCUCUUUAUAGAACUAAGAUGGUAAAAUCAGGUCUCUGCUGAGCUGUCUUAGGAAUAAUGGUAACAGGCUGAUCUACAUGAGGUGGAUAGCUCAAAAAUAUGUAGUUUUUUUCCAUAUCUAUGAAGGUUAUCAUUACUGUGUGAGAAGAAUAAAUAUGAUAUUGCCAGUCUUGAACGAUUCACAAAUAAAGUGAUAGCAUCAGUGAAGAAAACGGGGAAACAAAAAAAAACCUGCCAACAAAACACACAUCUGGCUUUCCUUAAAAAAGGGUGGGGUGAAUGGACAGACAGAACUUGUCUUUUGCUUCCUCUCCAUGUUCUUAUUCUGUCUGUGCCCUAGAGUAACCUACAUCAAUAAAAGUAGCAUUUCCUGUGACUGUUCAGGUUUUGUGCCUACCUAUUACAAGUUUGGCCAUAACUGAAGUUAUGCUGUUUUCCCUCUUAAUGAGGAGUAGUGAUGUUUCCCUACCCAACUGAUCCUAUCUCUCUAUUAUUUUUAAUACCACCUGGUUAAUUGUUAAAGCUCUGCUAUAACUACAGCCUUUAGCACAAGCUGUUAGAGGAAAGAAGUCAUUGUGAUGACAAGUUUUCAAUUCCUUUUCACUUCAAGCAAUGAAAGAAAAUAAAUGCAUUAACAAUUCUUAUUUGGCUUCUGUGCUGCACAAAAUCUCUGCACCAGAACAUCAAAGAAUAAAAUGAGGAAUUCUAGCAUGGAGCUUUUUUACACGCAUUUCUGCUGAUAGCCUUAGCUGUAUCUUUUGCUGCUUAUCUUAUAAAGGAAUACUCAUGACCUCACAGCAGAUUACUUUUGGGAAUGGGUAAUACUUGACAGAUACUCCAAGUGAUCAUGUUGGUCAGCCUUUUACAGGUCUUGCACUACUCAGUGUGAUUUCUACUCAGAUGCAAGAAGUAAUUUAGGACCUGAGGAUGCUCCUGAGAGGACAAGAGGGAGUAGCAGUAGAAGAGUUUACACUGCUCUUUAUCUGAAAAUAAAUGCUAUUUUAAACUGAUUAUAUCUUGUACUAUACCUGUGCUAUGCCUGAUACUUAUAGUAUGUGUGAAUGCUCCAGUGUUCAAGAAAUAAUUCUUUGAUAAGGUUAUAUGCAGUGUAGUCCACUCUAACAGUACUAGUCCUGUGACCUUAAAACUAAAUCUUCUGCUUGGCUUUUUUUUUUCCAUUCAGCAGCAUAGAUAAUUUGAGGAUUGCAUCUUAACUGGCUUACAGCUGAAACUAAUGUUCCAGUGAGUCAAAAGGCCAUGCUUCACAAAGGCAGUGAAGUACAAACUGCAUUUAAAAGGCUGGGAGUUCAAGCCCAGGCUCUUGCUUAUUCAGCCAGGUAACUAAGGCAAGGUGAUAUUUAGUUUUGCAGAUGCACAUACGUGUCAGCUUUUGUUCUCACUGCAGCCAGACUGACUGCCCAGUGACUCACUGCAGAGCUGGCAGUACUGUGAAUUUGUAGCUGUCGCAGUACUGCAUUGCCUUGGAAGUUUUCACAUGCUUCCUGCAGCAUCUCCUGAAAGGCAGCUGAAGAAUCUAUUUGCUGCUUGGCACACCAGCAACAAACCUUAGAGGCCUCUGGGAUUGCCAUACUGAGAGCAUUGUUUGGACAGACUUACUGUCUGUGGCUCAGGAUUUCUAAAUCAUUAUUUGUAACUAACUGAAACCUCUGUUGCAAAGUGGGUGUGGUGUAAUUACUGAUGUGGAGCUCUGGGUUCUGUUGGCUCACCAGGUAUUAAUUCUGUAUUUUAAUUUUCAGUUUUGUAGCACCUGGAUGGCAUAAGUUUUUUUCCUGUUUACAAUGUCUGGUGUUCUGCCUUAUACUGGAAAAUAUUAACCACAGGUCUUUCUAUUAAAAUCAAACAAAUGCAGAACGGAGCCAAUGACAAAAAAAACCACAAAAACCCAUACCUCAAACCCCAUGCCAACUGAAGGCGUACCAAGGGAAAAAAAAAAAUUAAUUCUUUUUUUUUUAGAGUACUUAGCUUCCCUUGACUUGCUGCCACUGGCUGUCUCACUCAAAAAGACUAUAAACCCCACCUAACUGAAUGGCUGAAGAAAUAAGGAAAGCAUCAGUAUUUUACCUGAAAUACCUUUCUUACAAAAAUGAUGCAGAGUAUUAAGAUAAAAGACUUGGGAAGCUAUAUUGCCUUUGAGGGUAGUUUUAGCUGCAUUUAAUGCCUAUUUAGUUUCAUGGCACUAUAUAAUCAUGUUAUUACUAUCACUUGGGCUUCAACAGAACAUUCAAAUGGAAAUAGAUGUCUAUAAAGAAGGCCAGAAAAAAUGUUUUUUGAACAAAAACAUUACAUGGUUAUGAUUUAAAAAAUAAGGCUAGUAAGUUUUUCAAGACUAUAACUUCCUAUCCUGCUUUCUGGGUUUACUUCAACAUAGAACUGUUUUUCAUUAAUCUAAAGGGGUGUUGGUAUUUAUCUCUAGUCUACAUAUUUUUAAAAGACUUAUCUUAAAUGACAGCUUUGGCACUGUUUAAAAUGCCAAAUGAUGACGUGAAUCAUGCUUCUCAGCACUCUAGCCCUGGCUGUUAAAAGAGCUCUUGUAAAUCUUAGUCUAUUGGAACUGUUAAAUUUUGAAAUGUUACUUUUUAUGAGUUGCAGUAAAGGCCUACAUGGGAUAUGACAGAGGCUUAUAAAACUGGAAAUGACAGGGAGAACAAACAGGAAUCAGUUAUUCACACACCCUCCAGUGUAAGAUUAAAGGUGUGUGAAAUUAAACUAGUACAAAGCAGUGUGAAAGUCAAUUGCUACAAAUUACUAAACAAUGAAGAAGAAUUCAUUGCUAAGGAAAAUGGCAAAGUUUAUAAGCAGUGAGUGGAUAUAAAAGAAAAUAUAUAUCCAAGGCCACUAAAUACUAAAAUCUAACCCAUGAUUCCAAGUACCUGCACCAUAGGUACUCUCAGCAGUAGAGGGUGAGAGAGCAUUUCAGUGAAGCAAUGAAAUAAGAGAAGAAAUAAUAGCAGAGUUUGCACUGCUCUGCUGUGGAGGUGUGUUCUAUAAACCCUAAUUGGAAAGAUACUGAUAUAACAGACCUUUAGUCAGGCAUAGAAAGUUAUAUGGCAUCUCAAACAUUUAAAUUGGAUUUGACUCAAGUUAGAAAUGGUCUCCUAAUGUAUUUUUCUUAAUUGUUGAAAUAAUAAAUCCUGACUGAUACAAGGAGAGAGUUCCAUCAAUAAGGAAGGGGAUCGCAAAGGAAAAACUGAUUUUUUUUAUAUUAAACUAAGCUUCAGAACAAUCUUAAAUGACAAAAGCUGAAGUAACUGAAGAGAUCCUAAGUUAGCCCUGCUCUAGACAAGCCUGAGUUCUCUUGAUCUUGGAAUGCAUCAGGUCAAUAACAGGCUUCUAGCAUCUGUUCAAUAACCUGUAAAUGCAUUAAUCUCAGCCCCACGUGUGGCAAUACAAGAAUCCUAGAAUGGUUGGGUUGGAAGGGGCUGUAAAGAUCAUCCAGUGUCAACCCCCUGCCACAUUCAGGGCCACCUCCCACUAGACCAGGUUGCCCAGAGCCCUGUCCAAUCUGGCCAAGAGAAUUGGUCCAUUAUAGAGCUCCCCAUGCUAUUUCAGCUGUUAAAUCUUUUUUCUGGUGAAAGAACAAGGCCCUUAGAAUUUGAUGAUGCUGUUGAUACAGGGAACUAACAUGAGUCACCAGUAAAUCCCACCACAGGGAGAUUUGCUAAAUACAAGAGAAAAUACAACUCUACCU